UUCUGUGAGGAGUGCAAGUGUAGCUGGGACUCCUCCGCCGCGCCCUCGCUCACUUGGGACAAUGGUGGACGUGCCUGAUAGAUGAGGUGGCAAAAUGUGACCCGGAUAGACUGUGGCAUAGUCAGAGUGCUGAAGGAGCAGGGGUCAGCACCCGAGACCCACAACGGCAAAGGCGGAGGGUGGCAUUUUGGGAGUGAGUCAGUCACAAGUGUUGUGCUGAUGGUGGAAAACUGCUGCAAAAUUGUCAAAUGAAGUAAUAGUGUGAAAACCCAAUGAAUUGAAAAAUGUAUUUACAGCUCUCUUGUUAGAUGAAGAAUCAGCACAAUGCAAGAUUGAAGUAGAUGGCAACGCACAGAAUCAGAUUUGUUAAGAAGAGUGCUGGAUAUUAUGUCCCCAGGAUAGCACAGAAGCUGGAAGUAAAGGCGACCCCACACAAUCUUUGCCAUCACAACAGACAGGCAGUGUGUUGGAAGUGUAGGCUGGUGUGAUGGUAUUUAUACUGCGCCGAUGAUACAGUUUGAGAUUUUAGAGUGUUGGUCAGUGUUUUGAUCAGUAGACCUCGAGUGUUUGCUGACCGUGUUGUGAGUGUCGAGAAAAAGACAUUAUUUAUUUCUUCGACGUACGAGAAUUGAAAAGAAAAAAAAAAGGGAAAUCUAGAUCGAAGAGACAAUGGGCUGGAUGAGUGACCGUGCUUUGACUAGAUGGCCAAGAGACAGUUCCUCAAGAGAUUCUUUCAGGGAGAAGAGACCCCCACUCUCUAGAGUUUCACCAGAACCUGGUAGUACAAGGUCAUCUUCUGUUUGACCUUAGCUCAUCUCUGGUGCGGUGGUCACCCUAUAUACUUCUUCAGUCAAUACAUUCACAGUUCUUCUUCACCUCCCUCUCUUUAUCUCCUUAUCCUCAGCUUAGUGAACUUCGGUUUAGAGGAUUCGCGAUAGUUCUGCCUGGACCUGAAGCUAUCUUUUGUGAGGACGCGAGUUAGAGGAGUCAAGAAAGUCUUCUGUGAGGUCACCUUCUUGUUGCCUUUUUCCUCUCAACCCUCGUGACAUACUCCAGUUCAACCGCUCAGCAUCUCUCAUAAUAGCAAUAACAUCUCGCCAAAAGUUGUCAUCACCACAGAUUAAUUGCACGUCUCACAACAUCAAGUUUUGGGAGUUUAUGUUAUUUUCACCACAAGUUCGGCUUAUAUUCAGUAUUGUUGAUCCCAGAAAAUUUCACCUUCAAUUUGAGCUAAAUGGCCCAGGGCUUAAGAAAGACUUAUCCCGGGUGUACUAAGGUCGCAGAAGACCGUGGUCACGACACAACCUCACCAGAGGGUCUCUCAGGUGUAGAAGAGGUCGACCAAGACUUCAUCAGCCACUGCCGGCACACGCUUAUGGGUCAACUCCUCCGCAGGUUUUAGGGUAUCUGAAGAAGCUCAAUAUUUUAUGCAAAUUUUACUACUAAUGCUAUGGGAAAGCCAGCCGGGCACAUUUUGACAUUAUUAAGGCCAGCUGGACACGUUAUGACUUUAUUCAGGCAAAAGUGAAACCUUGUGACGGUCCACUAAGACAAAUCGGACACCCAGUGACAUUGCUGAGGCAAGCCGGACAUCUUGUGACACUUCUGAGGUAAGCUGGACAUCUUGUAACACUAUAAAGGUUAGCUGGACACCUUGUGACAUUCCGUCGAGGCAAACCGAACACCUUGUGACACUUCGUGGAGGCUAGCCGGACACUUUGUGACACUUCGUGGAGGCUAGCCGGACAUCUUGUGACACUCAGUGGAGGCAAGCCAGACAUACUUCCACCAACACUACAACUCUUGUGAUUUUUGUGCUUCCAUUUACGAACAGUGUAUAACCUAAUGUAGAUAAUGUAUCUGUUAAACGAGAGAACUCGAGCGGCCUUCAUCAAUCCUUUUAAACGGUAUUCCUCACAUGAGAGCCUUUAGAUUUAUAUACAUAUAUAUAAAUAUAUAUCUAUAUACAUAAGGACAUCCUGUUUUAAGUCUUACUGAACUGAUCUAUUCUGUGGAAAAAACAUUCUGUGCUCGUGUUAGUGUGGUGAGAAUCGAAAGGAGGUUGAGAGAGUUGGGGUGCUGACCCGAAGGAAGGAGGGGUCCAUCUCUUGUCCACAUAAAACUAGCUACGUCCCAAGGCGGUGAACAAAGUGUCGGUACAGUGAAGAGAGUCGCAAGACGUUGAAGGGAAGGACCCGUCAAAACCUGUGACAGUGAUACUAAGGUCAAGAUUUAUUGCUCUCGGAAAAAAAAGACAAUCACCAACUUCCUGAUGGUGAAAACUGAAAUAUCCUGAAGUGUUAAUUUAUUAUAGUGUGGAGUUACGCUUCUUGACUACCAUAUUAUUAAACAAAAUAAAGGUGCUCGUUUCCUGUGAAUAUUUUGAACAGUUCCUGGAGGGGUGAUCACAAGGGAGGAACAGAGCGAACGUUUAUAAUGUUCAUAUUGAAUAAAAUGGUUUUGAGAAGUAAAGGAAUGUGGAAGUGAACUCAAAACGGCUUUACCCAUUGUUUGUAUGUGGAGUGUGACCUUAGACAGUAAUUCCAGAGCCUCUGAACUAUUGAAGGGAACUUGAGGCUUUGUAUGAGCUGAAGGUGAAACUGCCACACGUUGUAAUGAAGCCAGUGAUAUUGUGCAGAGUGAGGUGUUAAUUAAACUAUGCGAGUGUGAGAAAACAUUGUCCAGUGUGUUGUUAUGAUCGUUACCUCGACUCCCUAGUGUUGAUGUGUCGCCCGAGAUCACCACCACCACAUCGACACCCACUAGUGUUCUCUAGGGUGAAACCGUCCGGGUUCUCGAUGGGGCACUGAACCUGCCUUGAACCUCAGAAGACUGGGAGUUGAGGCGGGGAGCUCCCGCCACCGUCAGCAGGGAGGAUGGACGUGGACCUGGGCUCCCUACUCACCACGCUCCUCCUGCUGCUUCUGCUCAUUGUCGUCGGGGGGAAGCAGGUGUCCUCAGAACCAUGUGAGGUCGGCCAGAUGUACUGUGAGGAGCGGCCAGGAGGGUGUUGUGAUCCUCCAGAAAGUCCCUGGCCACCACAGGCCCCGCCCCCGCUGCCUCAAGGUCCGCCCCCGCCACAAAACACCAAUCAGCAAGCUCUGCCACCUGUGCAGACUCCGCCCAUAUACCCACACGUGCUACCUCUGUGGACAAACUGGUACUUCUGGGUGAUGGUGGCGCUGCUGGUGGUGUCGUGCCUGGCUGGUUGCGGUUACUGGCGCAGGAGGAAAAUCUACGAGUCCUCCGCCUCCCAGACCCUCGGCCAUGCCCACGCCUAUGCCACGCCCACGCCCUCCGACGACACACCCAUGUAUGGUCCGCCGUUGCCCUUCCUCCCGCCCACGCCAUACCCUGCGCCUCCACCCUACAGUGAGGCAGCUAGGCCUUCUUUCGACCCCCUGGAGCAGCACCUCUACGAUGCUAUGUUGGCUGGCCAUAGCGUGUAUGACUUCUACGACCGUCGUCACCCAAACGCUUACUACGACCGCUACUUCCUGCCUGACGACACCAGCUCCAGCGAGACCACCUCCCUCUUGUCCUACCGCCUCCACCGCUCCUGCUCCGCCCACCUGCCCCGUCACCACUCCCUCAGGAAGUGUGACAUGCUCGCCCCGCCCCCAUACUCUGAGGUGGCGGCCAAGCCCGAGCUUUACCCAGUGGUGGUGAUGAGACAGGGUAUUGCUGAGGUCAACUCUACUAAGUCCAUGACAGAGGCCGCUGGACUCACCCAUCACCACCACGCCUGGCACCCCCCCUGUCACCAUUAUAUCUACAGAUCAGACUCUGUGUUGUGGAUUCGAGUAGAUUCGGAGUCGGUACAGUGGCGGCGCCCAGCCAGAAGUAGCAGAGGUUCCGUGUCAACACCAGAAGGGUCACAGAGUUCCAGCUACACAUGUGGUACAGCCCUUCAGAGCGAGUACCGGAGUUGCCGGGUGUCGUCACCAGGGUGUGUGUUAGCCCUGGCCUCGCCCGCAUCCUCGGUGGGCCCUCACGCCUCUGACGUGUCCAGUCUGCCGCCCACGUCGCCGCCCUCACCCCCAGCGCCCACCUCCCCCACACUGCCGCCCUCGCCGGCUACCCGGGAGCUGAGGGACGUGCUACACAAGAUUAGUCAGCUGCCUGGUGCUGCCUCCCCACCACCUCCCCUCACCCCUGGCCCUUCCCCACUCUCCCCGCACUACCACAUACCCACACGCCAUGCCCCCCAUUCCCGCUACGGUUCCUCACGGCCUCAUGGGCGUCGCCCCCUGGGAGCCUCACUGUCACUGGAAGUUUCGGGGCCCUCUCGGCCACGGUCUCUGCCACUGAGCACUGCUCCACCGUCCUCUCCACCAUGCCUUGACGACCCACCCUCACCUCUCCUCCCCGCUUCCGCCUCCACCCCUAACCUGGCCGCUGCCUGGCCCUCGCCACCCGCCCGUACCCUCCUAGUGGCCUCCCUCGUGGGUGGCUCCCGGGUGGUGCAUCACUCAGCCACCCAGGAUGACACCACAGCUCUCACCCCUGGUGAAGGUGACGGUGUCUGGGGCAGAGAUGCCGGUGACUCCAGGUUCAGGUGGCGGGCUAGAGAUAGGUCGGUGGAGCGGGUGUAGCAAACACACAUGUGCGCAUGUAUACACACACACACACACACAUGCACACACACACAUGCACACAAAACUGACUCAGGAAUGGGUUGGCUACACAGGAUAGUGAGGGAAGUGUUGGAGGCAGCAGGUAUAAAUGCCAGUAGUCGUUCCCCCUGGCCGCAUCAUACACUCUCCUGAACUUAAUAGCACGUUGAGAUUUGUUAAAGUCACCCCAGUUAACCUCUUCUGUGCACAUUUUCUAUGGAUAUUAACAUAUGACUUGGUCUUCCUUGUUCGUCACAAUUAAGGCCUUCUGUUGCAAUAUUAUUUUCCAUCAUUUUACAGGCUUCUUAACAGCACAUUUGAAUUUGGUGUUUUAGAGCCUCGGUAGAACAAUAUAGUAGCAAUAUUUCGGCAAGCACACUUAAAAGAUAACAUCUACAAAUGCACAGAGAGCCUGUUGUUAAAGGCUGCACCUUUUUACUCAAAGUUAUCAGAGUUUAAUUUUCUUCAUGUCUACCCUCCCCUUGCUUGAGCUAAUAGGCCCCAUGAAAGAGAGUUUCAACCCCACUCCUCUUGAUACAACAAUCCUGCUGGCUGGGACCUGCAGACUCUUGUUAGGCUGUUUGUUGAAGUUGAAAUUAGCUGUAAUAUAGGUAGGCAAAAGUAGGCAUGUAAUGUCAGUUAAAUGUAAAAAAAAUCAUCAGUUUGUGGUAAUAAUUAUUUAUUUGUAAUAAUAAUUUAAGACAUGAAUUUUGGCAGCUGUUAUGGGAUAAGUGGUGAAAAAUAGGUGUUUUUGACUAGGCUGGAUGUCUGUGACAAUGUGUACUUGUAACCUAUAA